AAAAUGAUAAAGUCCGAGAUAAACAUCAGGGACAUCUAAAACAAUAACGAUAGUGACCAAAUGAAAAAGAUAAACGAACACUUCAGGCGCGUCGCAAAUUCGUCACUUCCGGUGAACGCGACCAACGAGUUCCGGUUUGAAGAGACUGUCAUGGCGGCGCCCAUAGCGAUACAUCUAGAGUUCGGAGGAGGAGCCGAACUCCUGUUUGACGGAGUCAAAGAUCACCAUGUGACACUUCCCAGCCAAUCAGAACCCUGGGACGUGAAGCAGCUGCUAGUGUGGAUUCAGAAGAACUUGCUGAAGGAGAGGCCCGAGCUCUUUGUGCAGGGAGAUUCUGUGAGACCCGGUAUUCUCGUAUUGAUCAACGAUGCGGACUGGGAACUGAUGGGUGAGUUGGAGUACCAGCUUCAGGACCAGGACAAUAUUGUGUUCAUCUCCACACUUCAUGGCGGUUAAUGGACUCUAAAAGAUCACAUACGUAUAUCUAUAUAUAUCUGUAUAUAAAUGUAUAUAUCUGUGUGUGUGUGUGUGUGUGUGUGUGUAUGUGUGUAUAUGUAUGUGUAUAUAUACAUACACACACACGCACCAUAUAUCCACGCCUUCAGUCUCGAUGCUCUGCGCUACCCAUCCUCCAUCCUCCAUCCUCUCGACCAAUCUGGUGAGCCCGUCUUGACUUGUUUUGAUUUUUUAGCCCAAUUAAACGGCACAUCAGUGGAACGCGGGUUGAGACAGGAUCGUCUCGGCGCUCUACCUGCCCCUCGGUUCGAUGGAUGGGGUCACAUCGGGGCACAUUCAGAGGUCAUUCCGUCUAGCCAACGUCCAGAUGGAUUCUCCAGAGACGUGCACCAAUCACUCACACUCUCGCCUCAAGAAACGGCAAAAUUUCCAUUUUCAUUUGAUUACGUCUGGACAUCCUUGGGUUUUUUUCCUCUUGUUUUUGAAAAAAAUAAAUGUGAUUUUCUUUUUAUAAUGGUAUUUUUCUGAUACUUAAAUGCUGUUUUAUUUUGUUUGGGGGGUGGACUAGUUUUAAUAAAUGCCUCAUCGAUUUUGAGGUUCAUGGAAAAAGUCAAAUAUAAACGCUGAAGUCUAAUACAUUUCGGCUGCCUGUCUCGUGCCUUCUAUUUCUGCCUGGGAUUGUCGACAUCGCCUUGACAUUUUAUCUCCUGUUUUUUUAAAGAAGAAUAUGAUAUGGGGGAUCUCCAGCUUAGGUUUAUCAUAAAGCUUUUGCGCCCAGUGUCGCCAGAUCAGGAUUUUUUCUUCCCUAUACAAAAUGGUUUUAUUUUUACCUACACAGGCCUUUAAACAGUGGCUUUGUGCAAGGGACAGAAUUUAGGAUGAUUUUGUUAGUGCCUUGUGUCAUGUUUAGAAAUAAUUUUUUGGAAUAUUUUGUUCUUUUUGGUCCUAUUUUUAGAUAUUCUUUUAUUUAUGUAUUCUUUUAUUUAUUUUUAGAAAUGACCAGACACAGUUUUUUGCAUUACAAAGCAAUAAGUGCAAAUUUAUUUGAAAAAUGUUUGGUAUUAUAAUGUUAUUAGGUAUUUUAGGUUUUAUUUAAUAAAUAAUACACGCUGAAAAGGAUAUUGGGUAUUGAUAUUUUAAUCUUUUAUAUAUAAUUUCUUUAUGUAUCAUAUAUUUUUCUGUAUUUUAUAUAUAUUUUAUACUGUUUAAAUAAUUCAUUCACAGUGUGAGAUGGUUUAUGGAGGAUCUGGCUCAAAACUGUCUCAAAUCUUUAAAUUCCGUUUUCAUCCCUUCUUUAGAUUAUAUAGCAUUAAUCCAGUUUGUUAUACAUUCACCACAGAGCUUUUAAAUCUUUUUUUGUUGUUGUUUGGAGCGUGGCAGGCCUGAUUUACAUCGCCACAUCCUACAGAAACAAUAGCAGUAAACAGUGCAUGGUCUUUUUUGUUGCAGAUUGAUUUUGAUCCUACUUUAAGACCCAUUUCCUGAUCCUGGGGUCCCCUGGAAUAUUCAUUAGGGGCGAACCCACGGGAUCCUCUGAAGAGUCGAUUUGCAACGGAAAACUGUAUGAUAAUAGUGUAGCCUAACUAUAAUACAAAUGCUAAUGAGCUGGAGGGAGAGAGAAAACACCCCAGUGUCAGUGUUUGAGUUGUGUGUGUGUGUGUGUGUGUGUGUGUGUGUGUGUGUGUGUGUGUGGCAGAUGAAGAGAGUAAACAUUGUUCUCCUUUGGCGUGACCUGUCAGGGAGGUCAGGAGUUAAAAUGGCGGCCGAUUAUUAAAGCCAGUUCCUUUUACGACUUUAAAAGUGAGGUUUUAAAAGUAAAAAAUUGCAUUUUUAUUAAUUUUUUUUGGAGUUUGCUUUCAAGCCGUAUAAUUCUAACUCAAAAAUGGACCUGCUUUUAGGUGACAUAAAAUAAGUCCAAUGUGAUGUGUCAACCACUGGCGAUCAGGAGGACGAGGAACGUCUGUGAAAUUGAUCUGCGCGAAAAAAUAACCACCAUCUUUGGACUAAAAUAGCAGGCUGGACGUCACAUCACUCGGUCACCUGUACGUGAAAUUAAUCUCAAUCUGCUCUGCUCUUGUUUUAGCCUCUCAUGCUGCUCAAUUAGCUUUCGUUGGCUCUGGUUUUUAGGCUAACACUUAAUCAUGUUACACAUCUUCUACCCUUGGAUGUAAGUAGAUGUCUAAGGUGAUUUGGGAGAGUCAAAACCCGUCAAACCCACACCGCUGGGCUUAUAAAGCUUAAACAUUCUGGUCAUGCAGGAAGCUGAAUGGCGUGUGUGACCUGCUAGCCUAUAGCAUCAAUCACGAAUACAACCACGACAUACACAUCUGCAGUACUAUGGGUUUUCCAAGUGAGAUCCAAAAGCUAUUAGUGUUCGGUGAAACAUAACCAACGCUCCAUGACGUUUCAAAAUGGCCGAGAUUGUGAUCAACUGCUAUCGUUGUUGUUAUUAUGGAUGUUAAUUGACUGGACAGUUGAAUUGAAUGGGUUUAAGCUAAAGUAUAAAUAUUGUCAAACUGAAUAUAACUGGUGUUUUAGUCAAUUAAAAAAAUUAACUUAAGGUAAAUGAUUUGGGUGAAAUAUUCAUGAAUAAUAAGCUUUAAUGUCUCGAAU